AUGAGUCCUCUAACAAUAACAACGAAAUAUAGGGAGAAAAUGAAAGAAGACGUCGAGAAAUGGCAGGAAUACAAGAAGAAAGAAGCUAAACGAAAUCAAGAGUACCGAAAAAGAUUAUCGCAAAAAAUGAAAAGUGAUAGCAAUUUAUUAGAAAAGAAGAAAGAAAAGGACCGUGUUAGGCAGCAAGUUUUGCGUCAAAAAAAGAGCGUAAAUAAUAUUGGUAGUUUGAAUUGCGAUAUUUACAGCUGUAAGCAAACGAUGGGAAAAGCAAUAAAAAAAGUUGAGCGUGCGUUACCUAGAAACCUGAAUAGAAAAAUAGCUAUCCUCAAAUCUUUAUGCAAUAAAUAUCUUAGGCCAACAGAAACGAUGGAUGAAAAUACUACCAAGUCAUCAAAAAGCCUGAUGCGUGAAAAAUUAAUUGAAAAAUUCUUUUUGCAAGAUGGAAUCAGCGUUCAAGCUCCUGGGAGAAAGGAUACAAUGCUAAUCAAUGGGAAAGUAGUCUCAAAACGUUUUAUGCUUAUGACCUUAGCAGAAGCAUAUCAACUCUUCAAAUCAGAAUAUACCGAGGAAAAACUCACAUCCGAAGAACCCACCGAUGACAAUAUCGUACAGAACAUUAAUGAUAAGGAACAACUUGAAAAUGAUGGCGAAGAGGAAGUCGAAGAAGAACCGCAGAAGAGGCAUUAA